AUGUCGGAAGGGCCAUUCUCCCCCCCUAUCUCUCUUUCAGACUGUUUGCUCCUGCUGGUGUACAAGGAGAGGGCUGAGCGCUUGAGAGGGUUGAAGGAGAGGAGCAGCGUGACCCUGGAGGACAUUUGCGGUUUGGAGCCCGGCCUUUGCUACGAGGGGCUGACCCACACCCUGGCCAUCAUCUGCCUCACCCAGGUGGUCAUGCUGGGCUUCGAGAGCAAGGAGACCAUGCACCUCUGGGAUCUGCACGUCCGCUACAGUUUAGGGGAAGUCCACAGGUUUCACGUUGUCGUAGCGCCUGGAACCAAGUUGGAAAGUGGCCCAGCGACUCUUCACUUCUGCAACGACAUGCUAGUCCUGGUGAAGGACGUCCCACCAGUUAUUAUGGGUCAGUGGAAGCUUUCGGACCUCCGGCGCUAUGGGGCCGUUCCUAACGGAUUUGUUUUUGAAGGCGGGACACGAUGCGGCUUCUGGGCCGGCGUCUUUUUCCUCUCUUGCACGGAAGGAGAAAAAAUCAGCUUUCUCUUUGACUGCAUUGUUCACGGCAUCUCUCCGACCAAAGGCUUCCGGCGGGUGCUAGCAGACCCCAGUGCGAGUCCCGCCUGCAUGGAAGAAAGGGUGGCCUACGAGGCUUCGAAGUUGGAGAAGCGCCUCAGCCUGCUCUCCCACGGCGGCAGCCACGGCAGCGGAGGGGAUGACCGGAGCUUGUCCAGCGCAUCCUCGGACACCAGCCACUCCGACGCCAGCGUUGGCAGCAGGUUGACCCUCUGGCCGGAGCAGUCCUCCGCCGGCACUUCCCAGGAGUCGCGUGGACCGGCUGCAGCCGCCGCCACAGAGACGCUUCAGUCCGAAGGCAGCCAGGGGCCCAGCAAGCCGCCCCCCAGCCUCCUGCGCUGCAGGCAGCUCCAGGAAAUUGGCCGCCAGAGCUCGUCCGACAGCGGGAUAGCAACCGGCAGUCACUCCUCGUAUUCCGGAAGCUUCUCUUCCUACACGGGGAGCCUGGACAUUAGCCACGGGGAUGAGUUCGGCUCCCUGCUGAACCUCUCGCUCAGCUUCCCUUCCGACCGGAAUGUUUGCAGCUGCCCCGGCCCGGAGUACCAGGCCCCCAGCUGGCUACGGCACACCUACGAUACGCCCCGGAGUUUGCUCGCCGCACCUAUGGCGGGCCUUCUCGCCUCUGCUACAGAGGCCGGCCCGUCCAAGGCCCAGACCCUCAAAGGGGACAUGAAACAGCCGGCCUCGCAUCUGGAGAGAGAAGCCACUUCCAGGCCGAGCCAGGAAAAGGACUCGCAGGGCGUCUUCCCCCUGGGAAGCACCAAAGGCCCCUUCCCGGAGACGCAGCUCAGGCAGCCGGUGCAGGGCCAGGACCGUGGAGGGCCCGAGGCUGCUCCAUGCGGGGCCGUCUCCAGCCGUCCUUGCGAACUGUGCAACUCCCCUUCCGAGGCGAAGCCGGCUCUCUUCCCGUCUUGCCCGGUCUGUGGUGGGAUACAGGAAACUUCAAUUUUAUCGCCUCAAAUCUUCGCAGCUAAUCUAGAACUGCCGCUUUCCGAGCAAUGGCACGGCGACACGGCCACGUACGUGAAUAUCCCUACAAGUCCCACCGCCAAGAAGCAACUCCAUUACAUGGAGGUGGAGCUUCAGGAGCCCAGCGCAGGCAUUCGUG